AUGAAGAUAAACGUAUCCAUUCCACUUCAGGCAGCAAGAUGGUUUUCUUAUUUGCUUAUACUUAUAUGCAUUGAGAUUAUCUUCAUUUUACCAUUAUCGAAUCUUUUAUGGAUAGAUUUUAUCAAUAGGUUGAUUCCAAACAACAGAAUGCAUGUUAUACCUUUGAGCAACAUGGCUAAUUCUUGGACAGUUCCAUUUGAUUUGCGGGUCAUUGCCAAUGUUACAUCAACUAAAGAGAAUGAAAUACGAUCAGACAUACCUUUAGAUGUUACCUUAAAUUUGGGGAUUUAUUGUACUUCUCACCGACCAAUUGAGGCCGUGACUUUAUCAAUAGAUGACAAUCCCAGAAAGUUACCUCUUGUAUGUUUUGAUAACUUGAAUUUUCUCUCUUCAAGAUUCAAUGGGUUCGAUUCAGUGUCAAAAACUGUCAAGAAAGAUGUCAUCAAUGACUUUAAGUUUGGAUUUCCUGUAAAUCCUGAUAACAAGAGGAUCAGGAUAGAUUUAAAGGACUAUACUGAGGACUACCUUUUAAGUUACAUCAAUGUCCAAUUUUCAGUGAAAUAUACCGGAUUCCGAAAGUUUUUACUAAGCUGGAGAAGAACUUGUCAUCUAUUGGGCACUUUAUUAUUUGCUAGUUUGAUUUCUAGUUGCUUCCUAUUAUCUUUUACUGGUGUCUUCAGCUAUAUUGUAAUGGCAUAA